AUGUUCGCUACAAAGCGUCUGAGCAAGGAGCUCAUUAAGAUGAAAGAGCAUGUCCCACCGGGAAUUACAAUCGUGAAAUGUGACAAUCUAGAGGAAUGGCAAAUGGACAUCAAGAUCCUUGACCAGAAUCCACUUUACCUGGACCAGACUUAUCGCCUGAAGUUUACCUUCAGUAACAAGUACCCUAUUGAACCCCCAGAGGUCCAAUUCAUCCAAUGUCCUGACUCCACUGGUACACCCCGCACAAUCCCAAUGCACCCCCAUAUCUACAGCAAUGGCAUUAUCUGCCUUGACCUCCUGGGCUCCGCCGGUUGGUCCCCAGUGCAGACAGUUGAGAGCGUUUGCAUGAGCCUUCAGAGCAUGCUGACCGCCAACACUCGCAACGAGCGACCCGCCGGUGACCAGGAGUUCAUUUCUACCAACCGCCGUCGCAUCCGUGACAUCAACUUUGUCUAUGAGGAUGACAAUGUAUAA